AUGCUCCUUGAUGUGUCUGCGGCUCCUAGCACUAGUGAAGACCUUGAAGCAACAAAAAUUCCUGAUUCCUUGGAUAAGCCAGGGAUCGGCGCUGUACAAAAAGUAAAGCCAUUCUUUCGACCAGGCUUUCUCAAAAACGAUUCAGUGGUCAUUCAAAAUGAUAUUGAUGUCAAAGAAGAAAUGCUCCUCGAUGCGUCUGCGGCUCCUAGCUCUAGUGAAGAUCUUGAAGCAACAAAAGUUCCUGAUUCCUUGGAUAAGCCUAGGAAUGGCUCUGUACAAAAAGAUGUAGCUAGAAAAUCUGAAAAAGAACCUAAGGUAAAGCCUCCGGUUCUUCCUGACUUGCUGGAGAUGAAUUCAGCUGCCAUGGAAAAUCAUUUAGGGAUGACAGAAAAAUUGCACCAUGAUAGUUCUAUUAAACAUCCACAGAACAGGUGUACCAUGAUAGGUAGUGAAGUAUUAACAGAUUCAGGUGGCGGCUAUGGGAGAACCUGCAUUGCCGAGUUUAGAGAAUCUGAAAACUCAGGGACAGUCCUUUUUGUUGAGAUGCCUUUUUCUCUGGAGCUUCCGAUGAACAGUCCCAUAGAUUGGCAUCUUGAACCUGGUAAUUUAUCUAUCAAAAUUGAUAAACUGCUGGUCUGUGUUGAGAAUCUGACAUCAGGGUGCAGAAAGAUAGAUAGAUCAUCAGGUAGGUUGUACCAGGGUUUCAAUAUUUUGCCUGACAUCUUGGAUAACCAUGUACCUUAUGGGGUUCACCAUGAUAAUAUACCUGCUGCCUUGGCAAUGGUUGGUUAUGGUCCGGAAAUGAUGCUGGUGGUUGCAUUGUUUUUAUUUUAA